UUUGGCGGGAGAAGUCUUAACGGUGCUGAAAGUUUUGUGCGAAAUUGUUUUUUUUCUGUUUAAAAAUGCCAGUUCCUUUAACGGAAGGUGCGAUUAAGGAGAUUAUGAUGAAUCCUAACAAUCUUCCCAAGAAUCCUAUUCUUCAGAUUCUAGGACUUAAGAAAGUUGGUCAGGGGCAAUCAAACCCAAAUGAUCGAUACAGAAUGGUUUUGUCUGAUGGAAUACAUGCCCAUACUUGUGCCAUGUUGGCAACACAACUUAAUCAUAUGGUUAAUGAGAACGAGAUAGAAGCAAAAGCUGUAAUUCGUUUGGAUAAAUAUAUUUGCAAUGUUAUCCAAAGCACAAGGAAAGUAUUGAUAUUACUUGGUGUAAGUGUGAUUCAAAAAGCAUCAGCAUCUGAACGGUAUGGUGAGCCAACUCCAUAUGAUGAAUCGAAAAUAAAUACAGCAAAUAAGCCUACUGUUCAAAAAAGUCCUGUUAAAAAAGAUCAUUAUACUUCAACAAGUCUUGGUAGCUCUCAUUAUGCGAACAAUCAAAGAAGUGCUGGUGGCCCACCGAAUCAGAAUAAUAAUAUUGGAAAUGUUUAUCCAAUCAGCUCAUUAAACCCAUAUAAUAGCAGGUGGACAAUUUGUGCACGUGUCACUUCAAAGUCCACCAUAAGAGAAUGGUCUAAUUCACGUGGUAAUGGUCGUCUUUUCAAUGUUGAACUUAUCGAUGAAUCUGGAGAAAUUCGAGCAACAUGUUUUACUGAUCUUGUGGAUAAAUUCUAUCCUAAACUUGAACAAAACAAGGUAUAUUACAUUUCAAAAGGAAGUGUGAAGCCUGCAAACAAAAAGUAUUCGUCUAUCAAGAAUGACUAUGAACUCACUUUCAAUCAUGAUACAUCUAUUGAACUGUGUACUGAAUCUAAAGAUCUUCCAGUCCUACAAUUUAACUUUCUGAAUAUUGCUAAUAUUGAAAAAAUUGAACCUGAUCAGUUAGUUGAUGUUAUUGGUGUUUGCUCAGAUAUUACAGAUGUUGUUGAGAUUACAACUAGAGCAGGAAAACAGGUUGCCAAACGUAAUUUACAGAUCAUGGAUAAAACUGCUUCCAUUACGUGCACUCUCUGGGGUCAUGAGGCCCAGUCUCUUGAGCAAUAUGUUGGUUCAAAUCCCAUAAUUGCAAUCAAGGGAGCCAAAGUUUCAGAUUUUAGUGGAAAGUCAAUCAGUGUCCUCAGCUCAAGUGCCAUUCAUAUAGAUCCAGAUAAUGUACAAGAAUCUUUUGAACUUCGUCAAUGGUAUGAUACGGAGAGCCACGAAAACAUCAAUUCAAUAACAGGCCAGCGAGGUGAAGGAAAAAUUACAAAUGUUUAUAAACAUGUCGGUGAAAUUGCAGAAUCUCUUCAAGGAAUGUCUGACAAGCCGGAGUAUUUUAGUGUUAUUGGUGCAGUUACAUAUAUCAAGAAAGAAAAUUGUCUUUACAAGGCUUGUCCUAGAAAAGACUGUAACAAAAAAAUCAUUGAAGAUGGUGAACGAUAUAUUUGCGAGAAAUGUAACGAGACUUAUUCAAGCUAUAAAUACCGUCUCUUAUUAAAAUUCCUUUUUGUAGAUGGUUCUGGUAAGUAUUGGGCGACUUGUUUUCAGAAUUCUGCUGAAUCACUUCUCGGAAUGACGGCGGAGCAAGUUGGCGAGCUGAUGGAAACGAACGAGAAACGAUUUGACCGUUUAUUCGAACGUGGCUUCAGACGAGGUCAUUUUUGUGUACGAGCGAAGAUUGACAAAUUUAACGAGGAAGCGCGCUUGCAAUGUACUUUUGAUAAAGUUCUGCCGAUCAACUACAAAAAGGAAACAAGACGUUUGAUGCAGGAGUUAGACCAAAUGAUUGAUAGUUGAAUACUGAUACUGGCGUGCUGAUCACGUGUCACGAAUAUUGCUCACGAACUGUAAAGUCAUCUCCAAGUUGAGGGUUUGUUAUCAAGGGUUGUACCCUUUAUUAUAAUACUACGAAGGAACUACAAGUUUUGUUUGAUUUCACGGACAUGGUAAAUAGCAAUCACAUAUGUGAUAAUUUUUGGUCACGCGAUGAAUUCAUGUUGAUUGUGAGAUCGUGAAUUUUUUUUUCAUUUGGGUUGAUGAUGUUUGAUUCAUGUAUUUCGUGUAAAAUACUUUAAAGUUGCGAUGUAAAAAAAGACGGUGUGUUUCUCUGCGAUUAUUUGCACAAGAUUCCGCUUUGUAAUUAAUUUUGUUUUACAGAUGUUGACCUUACAUUCAUACCAUACAGUUA